AUGGGUAAUGGGUUGUCGCGUCAUAUACGGUAUAGAACCCCCCUAGAUGAAAGCAGCGUACGUGCAAACCCUACACGUGUACUAUCAAUUAGGAAUUGGAAUGGUAGACACACACCAGUGGAUUCAGCAUAUAUAUACGCUCUGCAGUCUGCUACAGAUAACAAAAAAGUAUUUAUUAGUUGCACUCCGUUCGAUCAAAUAGCCUAUGAACAAAUCAACACCUUACUUGCUAAAGUAGAAAAUUGUAUAAUAUUUUCGACGGGUAUCGGUAAUUAUUUUGAUAUUCUUGAUGAAAUUGAUUGUUUUAUACCUUGUCUUAGUGCUUAUUAUUAUGAUGAUCGUCAGUGUCAGGGUGAAUUCACGUAUGCUGUCAAAGGAAAAGUCAAGAUCAUACCAAUUAGCAUUCAAGACAAUGUGACUAGAUUCAUGCCAGACUGGAUACAAAUAGGUUUACAUCUGUCGGAUAUCUUAACACUCUCCAAGUCCCAAUCGUCUCUACUCAAGAGACUGCAGAAAGAAUUUAUCGAAGUGCAGAAAAGGAAUGAACAAGAAGACUUUCAUAUCAGCCAUUAUCAGAGAUCGAACCCUACACUCAUGACUCCAGCUCUUUCCUUAAAAAAACGUUCAGCUGACAAUCAUCGUUACAUUAGUGAUCCCGAUAAUCUUGAAUGGACUCUAGUUUUCCAUGAUCCAGCUAAGAAACGUGCUCAAUUUCAUAAAAGACUCAAUAAAACUAAGACUGAACCAAAAAUUCGUAGAAUGUUGACCGGUAUUAUGUCAUACUAUAUCAAACUAAAUCAGUUCACACCAACAGUUGGUUCAUUCUUUCGUCAUGCAAUCGAACAACAGAAUCUGGCAUAUAUUCUGAAAGCCUAUACAAGUGUAACGAAUUUUUCUGGGAUAUUGAACAGACAUUUAGCAGCCGAUUCGUUAGCUUAUUUUACACCUACCCUUGAAAUUGGCAUGGAUUAUAGCCGCCUAAAAUGCUUGAUUGAUUAUAUUGCACUUGUUAUGGAAUACACUAAUUACAAAGAAAAUAUCUAUAAGGAUAUUGCAUACCGUGGACUGGUAUUGGCAGAAACAGAUCUCUACAAGUAUGUUGUCGGUACAAAGAUUCUGAACACAGCGUUUUUAUCGACUUCUAGAGACAGGCACGUGGCUGAAAUGUUUUCUGAUAAUACGGGAAGUGAUAGAAUAUCAGUUCUUUGCACGUACAGAAUUAAAAAUGAUCGGACUGCAUUGGAUCUUACGCCAAUUUCUGAGGUACAAGAUGAACAGGAAGUACUUAUACUACCGUUUUCAGCAUUCUAUGUCAGACGAGUGGUCAAGAGUAGUAAACCCACACUUAGACAAAGAAUAGAGAUGGAAUUAGAAGAAUGCGAUGAAAUACCAAUGGCCGCAAUUGAGAAUGAAGAUGAAGACAAUCUAGACAUAUACACAAAAACUCGUCUUUGA